AAUAUACACGUAGUCGUCAAUUGAGCAGAGCCAGUUCAAGCUCAUCCCAUUUUAUGGAAUAGAAAAUAACAAAAAGUAGCACGAAUUUUAGUUUAAACCUAACGAACCGUGUUGACAUGAAGUAUACAAACAAACAUUAUUUAGCUUAACAACGAUCUUCACCAUUUAUGCCGGGAACGAACAUGGUAUUUGCAGUGAAGUGGUACAUUGCCUUCUUUUUUGCUGCUUCAAUUUUUGUAAUGUCGUGUAGUGGCCAUGGCAGACUGGUCGAACCACCCAGUAGAGCAUCAGCUUGGCGUUUUGGAUUUCAAACACCACCAGACUAUAAUGACCAUGAACUAUACUGCGGAGGGCUUAGCCGGCAAUGGCAAAGAAACGGCGGUAAAUGUGGAGAAUGUGGAGACGCGUGGGAUGUUCCAGAACCACGACCCCACGAAUAUGGUGGCCACUGGCGAAAAGGCUUAAUUGUGCGAAGCUAUUUGCCUGGAUCUCAAAUGACGAUUCGUGUAGAAUUGACAGCUAGUCAUAUGGGAUAUUUUGAGUUUCGAAUAUGCCCAAAUCCAAAUGCUAAGCAGUCAUGCUUGGAUAAAAAUGUAUUGUCAAUUCUUAAUGGAUCUCCUUCUCAGCCAAAUAAAUCAGAUCUAGAUAACCGAUUUUAUCCUCGGAACGGAAGUUGCAUAUAUGAAAUUUUGGCACUGUUACCAGAUUCUUGAACUUCGAGGACGGAAAUCUGGUGGCGAAAUGCAGAUCCCGGAACACCAACAUCGGGAACUGCAAGACGACGGUCGGCGCCACUUUCUGCAAAGACCUGCAGAAUGGCACUUGCGCUCAGCAGAUAAUUUCCGGGGACUUUGGACACUGCUCUACAUUUCCCGGCCACCUGGAUUCGGUGACCAUUGUGGAUCACGGCACUAUCAUUGUGAAUGAUGCCAACGUGACCAUAACCGACAGCCAAGGGAAAGACCAGAAAGUGUCGGGUACCUACCUGGUAACAUACACCGAAAAGGUAGCCCUCAAUGGGACUGCUGUGUCGGUCAUCGCCUCUGUAAAUGUCACGACUCAUCAGAAUAGGUUAAGCCUUCCACUUCUCCACGAACUAAGUCUGAGGAACCUUCAGCACAUCGGGACUCUUAGAGAGAAGCUCACCUUGGGGUCCCUCCUCAGCAAUUCCUUCGCCUUGCUGCUUCCUAUUUGCUGCCUUUCUAUUGUGCUCCACCAUUUGGUUGAGCUACCACCACCUCAAGACCAGGAGCCACACAAAGCCAGGAGCUAACAGUGAUGUGGAGCAAGUGGGUUCCCCGGACCGCGACCUCUUCAAAGGCGGAGAAGUUAACACAAGCAGUUCUCACGGAGUGAAACUCUUGAAUUGCAGGUCAUAUCCCGGUAGUUUGCACGCGCACUAACCAAACUGCUGAUCGCGUACUCCAUUUGUAAUUGCCCGGAGCCCGCACGGAGCACUCGCGGAGCGAGUGAUGUUCGGCUUGUGGGCGUUAGAGUGGGCGUGGCAGGAUCAACAAACUUGCGCUGCGUCAAUGUCUCUAGAAUCUGUGUGCCUAAUAUAAACCUUCUGGCCUUUAAAGUUCGUGAGAUCAAGGCGUUCAUACGGACGGACGAACAGAAGGAUAUGGUCAGAUCGACUGGACUAUUGAUCCUGAUCAAUUAUAUAUACGCUUCCUUCUGCCUGUUACAUACUUUUACACGAAUCUAGUAUACCCUCUCACUCCACGAGUAACGGGUAUAACAAAGGAGACUGCUAUAGUCGACAGCAAGAUAUUUAAACAUUUUACAUGUGAACACUGUGUUCUGCAAUGGCGUUAUGUUGCAGGCAAUAAUUGGGGUAUGUGUAGCAAUGGUAUAGGAGCUAUUGGAUGUGGUCCACAAGAAGAAUUUCGUUCGUGCUCUGAUAUUGCCUUAACUACAGAAUAUUUGCACCCAUAUCUAGGUCCUAUUAGCGCACCACCUACACAAUAUAAUGGAAUGCCUGCGAACACGACACAUAAUUCUGUUAAUACACAAAGUGACAAAUUAAAGUAUAUUUUCAUCA